UUUCUGAAUAUAAGCACAGGAUCAGUAUACAUCAAUGACCAUGGAUGAAGACUUCCUCACCCAACCUCCAAUCCAAACAAUAUGGACCGAACGACUGCAACUCAAGACAAUCACGAUGGCUGAUCUAGACGAUGUCAUGUCCUUUAUUGUGCUACCAGAUGUGAUGAAGUGGACCUCCGUAGGCGCCGUUACCACCAAAACCCAAGGCCACAAGUGGCUCUCUGCACGAGCCCUUGGCCCAGAAGCCUACAACUUCUCAGUCCGUGAGCGUGACCUCUCGUCUUCAGAUCCAGAAGCAGUGCAUCCCCGUGUCAUCGGCCUUUUUGGAUCAUUCCACUGGCCUUCUUGCGGCUACAUGCUCCAUCCCAAUUUCUUCGGGAAAGGCUAUGCGACUGAAGGCAUGAAAGCAUUCAUCCCGGCGUAUUUUGAUCGAGUACCUCCUGCUUCAGAAGGCGGGACGGGUCAUGAUUUGAUCGAUGCAUAUGCUGAUACGGAGAAUCGGGCCAGCAUGAAGGUGCUGGAGAAGUUGGGAUUCACGAAGUGCGAGACACUGUUUAAUGAGUUCGAAGGGCCAAUGGGCGUGAGGGAUUCAGUCGUGUACAGGAUGGCGAGGCCAGGAAAGACGCUCGAUCAAUUAGGAUUUGGGAAGUCGCAAGCAGAAGACGACGGGCCGCCAGAGCCGCCUGUGCAAUGAAGCUUAUCUUUUCAUGUCAAUGGAGUGCGAGAUCUAGACGUCGUCCUCAAAUCUCCUAACCAUCAACCCAGUCU